AUGUCCUUUUAUCGCAGUCGUUGCAUCCACACUGCUCUGGCGAGCGUGGCUGAUGCCACCACACCAACGGCGGGUUUUCCCCCUCGCAGUACCAUGGAUCCCUAUCAUCUGCCAAGGAUGUACACAGAAGCGCUGCAGAUAGCUAACGCGCAUCCCUGGACCGGCAACAGUGCUGUGAAACCACGUUGUACACUCUUAAUCCUACUAGAAGGAUUCCAGGAUGUAUUAGGUGAUUUCGAAACGGCCACAACAAUUGCAAAGUCAGUUCGCACCAUAGAGGAACUCGAACCCCUCUGGUUCGAGGAAGAGUUCAGCGCCAUCAUCCUAUUCUCGCCAGCUCACUACACCGAGCCAAUGCAAUGGAAGAGCGCCUGGUACUUACUGAUGAAGAGCCAAGUAGACGAACUCACGGCGAGGCUGGCGACGUCCUUGAAUCAAGUACGCCCAGAUAUGCAAGCUCAAGAGCCGACAGCCCGUGACAGGAACGAACGUUGGGACAGCGAGGCGCCAGAGGUCAAUCUCCAGCGGACGAUCGAGUCCAUCCUGUCGGCAGUCUUCCAACGCAUCGACAGUCGGACGACGUUCUCAUCAACAAGCGAUGUACGACAUGUGGACUGGCGAUGUCCUGGCAAGCUGUUGUGUCAAGGAGUUGAAGUGGAAUGCUCCGUGGAAGCAACAUUGAUCGAUAUUAUUCCCAAUGCCCCAUUUGGAGCCCUCAAAUUUUCGUCACCUUAUGAACUGGCCCGAAUGUUAUCUGUUUUGACCCAGUCUCAUAUUCCGGAAGCCUGGCGGACUGCCAGACUCUUGGAUCGGUCAUACGAUCUUAUAACGCCAGGCGGACUCGGCAUGGCACUAUCGUUCUACCAGCAACACUGUAUUCAUUCCACACUGGUAUCUGUAGCUGAAGCCGGAAGUGUGCUUCCUGAACAUCCACCUCGUAGCGGAUGGGAUCCCUGUAAUAUGGCAGUCGUUACGGAUGCAGCACGACGUUACGCUUCGAAUCACCCGUGGACUAAUUCAUCAUGGAAAGAUUUGACGUCAAGAAAAAACCUUAUCAUACUGCCAGCUGGAUUCGAGAAGGUAGUGGACUGCCUUAAGGCCGAAAAUCAGAUAGCUGUCGUCAUGAAAAAACCUGAAGAUUUGCAACCGGACUGGUUGAAUGAAGACUAUUCUUCGAUACUACUGUUUAGUCCGGCGGAGUUCGCCGGCACCACAAGAUGGCGCGGAGCGUGGACGCUCUUACUGCAGUCGGUGGCCAGAGGCACGGAACUGAUUGCAAUUGCUGAACCGAUGAACGACAAGCAGUGGAAGAAAUCCGUGGAUAUGCUACAAGGCUUCUUCACAGAAACAAUAGCUCAACGUUCAUCUUUAAAGGAUCGUUUACAAUUUCUACUGUCCCUUCGCUCGCAGCAAAAGGCAUAG